GGGCGUGGCGGAGGCGGCGCGGCGGACAGAGGCGCCAUGUCGCGGCGGCGGUGGAGGGGCCCGCAGAGCGCUGAGGGCAGCGGCCGCGGGUCCGACAUGGGGAAGAUGGCGGCGGGCGGCGGCGGCGGCGGCGGCGGCUCCGGCCGCUACUACGGCGAUGGCGGCCGAGCUCCCAAGCGCCAGAAGACCGAGAACGCGGAGCCGCCGCCGCACGGGCCUGGAGGGCCGGGGGGGGUUGGCGGAGGGCCCGGAGCCGCCGGAGCGGAGAACUACGAUGACCCCCACAAGACCCCGGCGUCCCCCGUGGUGCACAUCAGGGGCCUGAUCGACGGCGUCGUGGAGGCUGAUCUGGUGGAGGCCCUGCAGGAGUUCGGGCCCAUCAGCUACGUGGUGGUGAUGCCCAAGAAGAGACAAGCCCUGGUGGAGUUCGAGGACAUCCUCGGCGCUUGCAACGCUGUCAACUACGCUGCCGACAACCAGAUCUACAUCGCCGGGCACCCGGCCUUUGUCAACUACUCCACCAGCCAGAAGAUCUCCCGCCCCGGAGACACGGAUGAUUCCCGGGGCGUCAACAACGUGCUGCUCUUCACCAUCCUCAACCCCAUCUACUCCAUUACCACGGACGUGCUCUACACCAUCUGCAAUCCCUGUGGUCCCGUGCAGAGGAUUGUUAUCUUCAGGAAGAACGGUGUCCAGGCCAUGGUGGAGUUUGACUCGGUGCAGAGCGCCCAACGCGCCAAAGCGUCCCUCAACGGCGCCGACAUCUACUCGGGGUGCUGCACCCUGAAAAUUGAGUAUGCCAAGCCCACGCGCCUCAAUGUGUUCAAGAACGACCAAGACACCUGGGACUACACCAACCCCAACCUCAGCGGACAAGGAGACCAAGGAGGGAACCCCAACAAGCGCCAACGGCAGCCCCCGCUCCUUGGGGAUCACCCUGCGGAAUAUGGUACGUGUGGGGCUUCAAACCUGCUUCUGCAGGGGGACCCCAUAGAGGUGGUGUUGGGAGGGGGGCUCCAACCUCCUCCCAGUGCAGGAGGAGCCCAUAGAGAUGGGGCUGGGGAUCUCCAACCUCCUCCCUGUGCAGGAGGACCCCACGGUGGCUACCACGGGCACUACCACGAUGAAGGCUACGGGCCCCCACCGCCCCACUAUGAAGGCAGAAGGAUGGGCCCUCCAGUUGGGGGGCACCGGCGAGGACCCAGCCGCUAUGGUCCCCAGUAUGGGCACCCCCCGCCACCACCCCCGCCACCGGAGUACGGGCCCCACGCCGACAGCCCCGUCCUCAUGGUCUACGGCUUGGACCAGUCCAAGAUGAACUGUGAUCGCGUCUUCAACAUCUUCUGCCUCUAUGGCAACGUUGAGAAGGUGAAGUUCAUGAAGAGCAAGCCAGGAGCAGCCAUGGUGGAGAUGGCCGAUGGCUACGCCGUGGACAGGGCCAUCACCCACCUCAACAACAACUUCAUGUUCGGGCAGAAGCUCAACGUGUGUGUCUCCAAGCAGCAGGCCAUCAUGCCCGGGCAGUCCUACGGGCUGGAGGACGGCUCCUGCAGCUACAAGGACUUCAGUGGCUCCCGCAACAACCGCUUCUCCACCCCGGAGCAGGCAGCCAAGAACCGCAUCCAGCACCCCAGCAAUGUCCUGCACUUCUUCAAUGCGCCCCUCGAGGUCACCGAGGACAACUUCUAUGAGAUCUGCGAUGAGCUGGGUGUGAAGCGCCCCUCCUCAGUCAAGGUCUUCUCGGGGAAGAGCGAGCGCAGCUCCUCAGGGCUGCUGGAGUGGGACUCCAAGAGCGAUGCCCUCGAGACCCUCGGCUUCCUCAACCACUUCCAGAUGAAGAACCCCAAUGGGCCAUACCCCUACACGCUCAAGCUCUGCUUCUCCACUGCCCAGCACGCCUCCUAACCAGGACCCUAACAGUGGGGGGUGCCCCCAACCCCCCUAGGACGCCCCCAUCCCCUCAGGGGGUCUCUACCCCUCCUUCCCCCCCCUUGUUUUUUUAAGGCUGAUCUUCCCUAUUUCCUCCCCCUGACUCCCCCCCCAUUUUUAAGGCUGUUCGUGUGCUCCCCCCCUUCCCCUUCAAUAAAGUCGUUUGGAAAACAA